AUAAUUUAAAUUAAAAUGGAAGCAAAAUUAAACAUGAAAGUAACAAUCUUUUUGUUUUUACUUAUUACUACGGCUAUCAUACCCACAAACGGAGAUAAUAUUACGUUCACCAAGAAUAGGGUUUUAGAUUGGAACAAAGAAUAUUAUUUCUGUGGUGAUAAAUUUCUCAGGGUUGUGUCUCAUAUAUGCAAUUCUGAACCUUACAAAGGAAUAUCAGAAGAGUUUUACGCAUUGAUAAGACAGUAUAGGAAAACCUGUUGCUCUUACACCUGCUCAUUAAAUUCAUUAAAAAUUUUCUGCGAUGAUAAUAGAAAUUCUGGUGCAAUUUUGUUCAAAUAAAAACAAGCUGC